GCCCCGCCCCGGCCGCGCUCCCGCCCCGCGCUCCCGCCGCCUGCUUCGCGCUCCCGCCGCGCGUUCCCAUGGCGCUGAAGCGGAUACAAAAAGAACUAAGUGAUCUGCAGCGAGAUCCACCAGCCCACUGUUCUGCCGGACCUGUUGGAGAUGACUUGUUUCAUUGGCAAGCAACUAUUAUGGGACCUCCUGAUAGUGCAUAUCAAGGGGGAGUAUUUUUUCUCACAGUACACUUUCCAACAGACUAUCCUUUCAAACCACCAAAGAUUGCUUUUACAACAAAAAUAUAUCACCCAAACAUAAACAGUAAUGGGAGUAUUUGUCUUGAUAUCUUGAGAUCACAAUGGUCACCAGCUCUGACUGUUUCCAAAGUUUUAUUGUCCAUAUGCUCCUUACUUUGUGAUCCUAAUCCAGAUGAUCCUUUAGUACCAGAUAUUGCACAGAUCUACAAGUCAGACAAGGAAAAAUACAACAGACAUGCAAGAGAAUGGACUCAGAAAUAUGCAAUGUAAAUUUUUGAAGACAUUUUCAUAUACCACAGAGUACUGUAAAUUCUAGUUUUUUUCAAAAUUAGAAGGAAAUGGAGCACAGUUUAUGAUUUCAAUGUGACACCCCUUGAAUUUUUUUUCACCUCUGUAAGUGUGUUUCUGGAGCAAGAGAGAACAAACUUCCAAAAAUAACCUUAUGACUUUGUUAAGAAUAUUUAUCCUCUUUGUAUGCUUUGCAGAAGACAUUUAUUAUAGUUUUUAAGAGUUGGACACCUGCAUCUUCAGACUACAAGAUCUAUAAUUCAGUUGUAAAUCAGUGAAAUUAUUUUUGCUGGAAAAAUUAGCUGUUUUCAUGUGAUGAAUACUGUAUGUGUGUCAUUGAAGUAUGUUGUCUGUUUCAUAAGUGUGUUCAAGUUUCUUUUUGUUAGUUCUUAUAUAAUUUGUAUUUUUUACUGUAUAGACUAUUUUAUUUACAAUGUAAGUCAUUUCAGUUUAGACUUGCUUGUGCACAGUAUUGACAAAAUACAACUGCUAAUAGUGAAAAUAAUUGGAGUAUCUCACCCAUUAGAAUAUUUUGAAGACUGACUGCAGACUUCUUAAAACCUAAAAUUAUCUUUGCACUGUAAAUCUUUGUAUGCUGAUUAUGGAGAAACACUUGGUUUUGAUUCUGUUGCAUACUUGACUUAAUUUUAUUGCAAUGUGAACUAAUUGCACUGGUAUGUAGAAAGAUAUGUAACUCUUUUGUUGCUAUUCACAACUGAUUUGUGACGUGUGGGCAACAUAAUACUAUCACAGACCUUUUACAAAUCCAGAUGUAGCCUUUUCCAUAUAAAUAAAAUACAUUUUCUACUUUC